CUGACAUUCUGGAAAAUGAUCAGAGGGAGAAAUCUGACCAGAGGAAGCCGUCCACCAAAACUCAGUGAGCAGCCUUCUGCACUGGAGGAUCUGGGAAGGGGCCAGCCUUGUUAUGUGUGUGGUUUGCAGUGUCCUGGCUUCAUCAUGCACAAAUGGAGGAAGAUCUGUCUGCACUGCAAGUGUCCACGUGAGGAUCAUGCUGUGACGGCCAUGCCCCUGGAGAUGGAGAAGACUGUGUCCAAGCUGUUGUAUGACUUUCAGAGGAACUCCACUUCUGACGACGACUCGGGCUGCGCUCUGGAGGAAUACGCCUGGGUGCCACCGGGCCUCAAACCCGAACAGGUCCAUCAGUAUUACAGUUCUCUGCCCGAGGAGAAAGUGCCAUAUGUAAACAGCGCUGGAGAGAAACACCGCAUCAAACAGCUCCUGCACCAGCUGCCACCUCACGACAAUGAGGUGCGGUAUUGUAGCUCUCUGGACGAUGAGGAGAAGAGGGAGCUGAAGCUCUUUAGUAACCAGAGGAAAAGGGAGAACCUGGGCCGGGGUAACGUCAGGCCUUUUCCAGUCACCAUGACCGGAGCCAUAUGUGAACAGUGUGGUGGACAGAUUAACGGAGGAGACAUCGCCGUUUUCGCGUCUCGAGGGGGUCACGCCGUGUGCUGGCACCCUCAGUGCUUCGUGUGCAGCACGUGCGACGAGCUCCUGGUGGACCUCAUUUACUUCUACCAGGAGGGCAAAAUCUACUGUGGCCGGCACCAUGCCGAAAGGCUGAAACCGCGAUGUUCAGCAUGCGACGAGAUCAUCUUUGCAGACGAGUGCACAGAAGCAGAAGGCAGGCACUGGCACAUGAAGCACUUCUGCUGUUUCGAGUGUGAGACGGUUUUGGGCGGCCAGCGCUACAUCAUGAAAGAGGGUCGGCCGUACUGCUGCGGAUGCUUCGAGUCCCUCUACGCCGAGUACUGCGACUCCUGCGGAGAACAUAUCGGUAUUGACCAGGGCCAGAUGACCUACGAUGGUCAGCACUGGCACGCAACUGAAGACUGCUUCUGCUGUGCGCGCUGCAAGAAGUCCCUACUCGGUCGUCCAUUUCUGCCCAAGCAGGGUCAGAUCUUCUGCUCUCGGGCUUGUAGCGUGAACGAGGACGCCAAUGGCUCGGACUCGUCGGACUCCGCGUUUCAAAGCGGCCGAACCCGUGAAACCAGGCACAGCUCGAAAUCCAGCAAGAGUGGAAACACUUCCAGCGGGCGCUAUUCAGCUGACGUGGACCCCCUUUCCUUGCAGAUGGAUCUGCUGAGUCUGUCGAGUCAGGCCCCAAGUCUGACCAGAGAAUCUCCAUCUUGGAAAAAGCAAACUGAUAGAUACGGCUAUGAGAGUCGGAAUGAAUCUUCACCGACUCCUCUGCAACUGCUGAGCCAGUGCAACAUCAGGACGUCCUAUGCCCAGCAAGACAGCAGGCCUAAAGAAUCUGCACAUUCCAAGAGACCCCCUAUAUCUGCCCUCAAGGUACAUUCAUUUAAUGAGAACUGGCUCCAGCCGGAGACACAUUACCCGUCCGAGCUGAAAGCACAGGCUAGCUUUAACGAGGUGCCAUCCAACGGAUUCAUGGACAAACGCUCUAUCAGCAUGCAUGCCUUUCAGAGGGAGAGAGAGAGGGAACGAGAGAGGGAGGUUGCGGCUCAACUCGGCCGCAGCAGGAACCCCAUCAGUGCACUUAGCUUUAGUGAACAGUUGACACCACUUGAGCAAACGCCCCGUGGUUCCAUGGAGUCACUAGCUCUGUCAAAUGCUACAGGUACCUCAGCAGAUGGUGGUGGUAAGAGGCAGGAGCACUUGUCCCGCUUCUCUAUGCCCGACUUGAGCAAAGACUCCGGCAUGAAUGUCUCGGAGAAAAGCAACAUGGGCACCCUAAACUCUUCAGUGCAGUUCCACAGUUCAGAAUCUCUCCAUAGCCUCACCACUGGACAGCCGUACCUGGAGAUGGAACCCCCCGUGCAGGUGAAAUACCCACAUCCAUAUUCCCAGCCGUCUCCUGGAAUCACCAUUCUUCCCCCUGGCUUUACCUAUCAGGAAGAGGACAGGGCGAGUUUAGUGAGCAGCGCUCACAACGCCCGUCUGGCACCGAUGAGUGAGCGGACUCACCGGCGUGUCGUCGAACCGGAAGAGCCGCGACGACGGCAUCAUCACCGCUCGCGCCGCUCUCGCCGUCGCUCUGAAAACGCGCUCAAUCUGGCAGCCCAGCAUCGUCCGGUGCCAGAGCGAUCUCAGUUACGUGUAUGCGAGGAUUAUGAUCGGUUUCCUCCCCCACGUAGCCUCCGCGAUCCAGUAAACAGAGAUGCCAGAUUGAGACAGCAGGCGUUCAGGCCGUGCCCUCGCACAACUUCAGACCUUACGCUUCAGAACCCGGCUCCGCAACGUCACAUGGGUCGCUACGCCUGGGAUCCGUACGAUUACGAGGAUGACUGGUGCUCUACCUGUUCUUCGUCUUCCGAAUCCGAGGACGAAGGCUAUUUCCUAGGGGAGCCGAUCCCCAAGCCAGUUAACCUACGGUAUAUGACCAGUGAGGAGUUACUGCACAAGUACAGCUCUACCGGACUCGUAGGGUCUGGUCACCUAGGAACCAGAGGACAGUUACACACUCGCAAGCGCAGGAAAAGCAAAAACUGCAUCAUCUCCUAACAUACACCCCUGAUGCACUCACCUCCACUUUAACAAUUUCAACUAUUCACUUGUCCUGCUUUGAAUCUGCUUUUCAAUAUUGUGUGGUUGUCAGUGAGCGGUACUCAGUAAAGUCAGCUUAAGAAACUCUUUGCAUACUUUUACCCUUUGAUAUUCCUACAUAAUCACUUCCUGGAAAGUUUUUUUCCCCGGUAUUGCUGCAGCCAACUUGCAAUUGCUCUUAGUUUUACUCCAUUUAUAGCCAGCCCAGUUUUACUUCUUGCAGUGUGUUUUGAAACGAGUCUAUUAAAUAAUUAACAAUGUGUAUAUUAGUAAAUAAAUAAUAAUAAAAAAAACGCUUAAGUUAAUGAUGUAAAGAAUGAAUAUAAUGUAAAUGAUGUACCACAUAUUUUUAUAUUUUGUAACAAUAGAAUCAUUUAUGUAUUAAGUAUAAUGUAGAGAUUCAAUAGUAACGCAUGCAAGUUACUUUGCUGUUUUUUUGUUUUUUUUGUCCUGUAUCAGAAAUUAAAAAAGUGCAUUUCGGCAAGUA